GAACACACAGAGCUUCACUGCAGCCAUCGUAACACACAACUAAUACACUCAAAGAGGUCUCGUCUAAAAACAAUGCAGGCUGAGGAAUACAACCGCAGAGGUAAGGAGCUGGUGGACUACAUCACACAGUACCUGAGCUCCAUCAGGGAGAGGAAGGUGAUUCCAGAUGUGAAGCCAGGCUACAUGAAGGACCUUCUUCCUGACGCCGCCCCCACAGAGCCGGAGGACUGGGAGAGCAUCUUCAACGACAUCGAGAGAGUCAUAAUGCCGGGGAUGGUUCACUGGCAGAGCCCUCACAUGCACGCCUACUUCCCAGGUCUGACCUCAUGGCCCUCCAUGCUCGGGGACAUGCUGGCUGAUGCCAUCAACUGUAUUGGAUUCACCUGGGCAUCCAGCCCAGCUUGUACAGAACUGGAGAUGAAUGUGAUGGACUGGUUAUGUAAAGCUCUGGGCCUCCCCUUCUUCUUCCUGCACCACCAUCCUGACAGCAGAGGAGGAGGAAUACUACAGAGCACCGUCAGCGAGAGCACACUGGUCGCUCUGCUGGCUGCAAGAAAGGACAAAAUCUUGCAGCUUCGUGCGGAGAUCGAUCAGGACGUAGACGACUCAGUCCUGAAUUCAAGACUGGUGGCCUACGCCUCGGACCAGGCACAUUCCUCCGUUGAGAAGGCCGGUCUGAUCUCUCUGGUGAAGAUCAGGUUUCUUCCCACUGAUGAGCAGUUGUCUCUGAGAGGAGAUAUUUUAAAACAAGCCAUUCAGGAGGACAGGAGGAGGGGACUGGUUCCUUUCAUGCUGUGUGCGACUUUAGGAACCACAGGAGUGUGUGCCUUCGACAACCUAUCUGAACUGGGACCAAUCUGUGCCGAAGAGGGGCUGUGGCUCCAUGUGGAUGCUGCAUACGCCGGCUCAGCGUACUUCUGUCCCGAGCUCCGCUGGUCUCUGGAGGGUAUCGAAUUCUCUCACUCGUUUGUUUUCAACCCGUCCAAGUGGAUGUUAGUCCAUUUUGACUGCACAGCUUUCUGGGUAAAGGAUAAAUACAAGCUGCAACAGACGUUCAGUGUUGAUCCCGUUUACCUCAGACAUGAUAACUCACAGGCAGCCACCGACUUUAUGCAUUGGCAGAUUCCCCUCAGUCGACGUUUCCGUUCCCUCAAACUCUGGUUUGUUAUGCGCUCAUUUGGACUGAAAAACCUCCAGGCUCAUAUCAGACAUGGAAUUGAGAUGGCCAAGCUUUUGGAGUCACACAUGAGGAGUGACCAAAAUUUUGAGAUUCCUGCAGAGAGGCACCUGGGCCUGGUGGUCUUCUGUCUGAAAGGAGGAAAUGCUUUGACUCAGGAGCUUUUGAGGAGACUGACGCGCACAGGCAGCAUGUACCUCAUUCCUGCAGACAUUCACACCAAACGCAUCAUCAGAUUUACGGUGACAUCACAGUUCACCACAGCCGAUGACAUCCUGAAGGACUGGAACCUCAUCUCCAAAACAGCUUCAGUUCUUUUGGCUGAGACUAAAGCUCUGAAUAAGAGAGACCAAACAAACCGAGGGACAGAAGAGGUGACAGGAGCAGGAAAAAAACAAAACUUAGACUCAGACACCCUCGGUGAGGAGGCUGCAUCCAGGAAGGAUGGAGCUGAGGUUGAGCUGUGGAUCGACAAGGCAUGGGAUCGGUCGAGGAGGCCGAUGCGCUCUCUUAGCUGCAACAGCGAGCCUCUGCCGUGCACUUACAUCGGGCCGAUGUCUAGCUACGACUUUAGAACAAGACCUAUCAGUAAGGAUGUUGCAGGUGCUCUCCAAACACCAUCAUCUGGCCCUGUGUUAAAGAUCACAGAGAUGCCUUCAAAUGUUCUGGGAAACAAGGUCCUGAAAAAGCUGACAAAGUUCUACAGCGUGCCCAGUUUCUGCAACCAGUUGGUGCAGAGCGGCCGGCACCCGCUGUGCUGCCCCGUGAAGGUGUCACAGACGACUCAGAAACAUUUGUCCUCCACCUGCAGGAGAAUGAACUGCAUGUCUUGUUCUCCUGUGGCUAAGACAGGUCCAUCUCAGACUCAAAUGGAAACUGCCAAUGCCCCUGCACUCCUUAAAGGGCCCUGAGAGCAGUAUUAGUUUAUCAUCCACAGAAAGUAACUUGUCUACAGAGAAAGUAACA